AUUUUUGAUAAUUUUUAUUGUUUUCAUUGGUUGUAUAGUGUCUGUACAAUUUUGUCAAAAACAUUUGUAUGUAUUAUGUUAAGCAUCAACAUUUUAAGACAGUCAGAAUAUGACAAAAAAAUAAAAUAUACUGUGAUAAAAGAGACGUAUUAUAUUUAAAUGAAUCUCCGAAUAUAACAAUCAGUCGAUUUUGAACCAGAUAUAUACUUCAUCUAAAUGUAUUUGAUUUCACUUGCAUUUUCUGUCACAAUGAUAAAAUAUUGAGAUAUCUCAGAUAAAUGAUAGUAUUUAUGGAAUACUAAGAUUGUUACAGUGUGACUACAAUUAGAGAGUUACAAUAGAGAGUUGCCCCAAGAUUGACACUAUGCUGUUGUUUUGUGCUGUUAUAACUGCUGUUUCACUUAUGCAGGUGGUCGCUGGACAUGUGGUUGUUCCCGUACCUCAAUUAAGGAAUAUUGCUAAGACCGUUGGUGAAGGUCCACAUUGGGAUGAUGUUACUAAGACUCUCAUGUUCGUUGACAUUGAUGAUUAUGCUGUCAUCUGGUGGAGCUUUCAUACUAAAAAAGUGGAUCGAUUCAGAACUGACAUAGGGCCAAUAAGCUUGAUUGUACCUCGCAGGUCAGGUGGCUAUGUAAUUACCAUAGGACGUCAGUUGUAUCACCUUCACUCAGACAGACAGACCCUGCGACAAGCCCUUUCAGAAGAAGUAGAAGCAAACACAACUAACAGAUUUAAUGAUGGGAAGUGUGAUCCACAGGGUCGGUUAUGGGUUGGUACAAUGGACACACAAAUGGAAAAAGAGACUUUUGAGAGAUUAAACAAAGAGAGCGGCAAUCUAUAUAGACUUGAUACAAACCUUACAUUGACAAAAAUGGUUGAAAGGGUGACAGUGUCUAAUGGUUUGGCAUGGAGCAAAGAUAGAAAGACAAUGUAUUACAUUGAUACCGAAACAAAAAAUGUUUAUGCAUUUGAUUAUGAUGACAUAACUGGUGAUAUUGGUAA